AGAUUCAAAAGUGUCAUCUGGGACAAUUCUCCCGCUAUCGAUUUGGUAUUCCUCGGACAGGAUUCCAAUAGCUAUCCGCUUUAUGCAUCUUAUGCGUCGUCGUGUUCCAGGCUCGCUAUCAUCCCCUACUUGCCAGGAUAUUGUUACUUCUAACCAGAACAUCCUCUUGACCUUCUCAAGCCAGGCCAAUUCAUUACUCUGAUCCAACACGUCUGCUUUUUUCCCGCAAUGAGAUGCGAUAUAUUUAUUACCGGCCUCGGUGUGAAGCAUGAGUUCAACAGUCCGUAUUGGACCACGUCGACCACCUGGAGGAGCUAUGAUGCAGCUAAACAGUUGUGUAGUGGAGGUUUACGGACAAGACUGUGAAUAAUGUCGACCCAGUACCGUCAAUGUACCUCUGAUGUCUUUUCCCCUCUCCAUCCACUGAACGUUGUCCGUGGUGCCUGUCCUGAUCAUCGUCUCUGAGCAGACAGUUACUUCUAAGGAACGCUCUUGAAAUUGAAGACAGAUAUACUGUCAAUCUGUAUCAACUGAGCUUUGUUGCUGCUAAUCUUCCAGAGGCCCUCCCCAGAGGCCGCCAUAUCGAGCAAAAGAGACCUGACCGGACACCGCAACUCUACGCAAAGCUCUCCACCACUAGGAACUGGGAUUUCCAGUCACUCGUACCGCUAUACCAUAGUCAUGGACGGCGGGAAUGGCUCGAAGGUAUCUCGACUCCCCGCUCAUGUCACCGUCAAUGAGUUCGUGCAAAGACAGUACGACUACAUCAUUUGCGGUGGUGGCACUGCUGGUCUGACUAUUGCCGCUCGUUUGACCGAGGACCCAAAUGUCACUGUCGGUGUGAUAGAAGCGGGCUCGAAUCAUCUUGGGAACCCUCUCGUCGACACUCCCGCUGCGCUCCUAGAGAUGCUCAACAAUCCUGAAUAUGACUGGUCUUUCCGCACCACCCCUCAGGCAGGAAACAAGAAUAAAGUCCACCAUGUUCCGCGAGGAAAAUUGCUCGGUGGCUCCAGCGGUAUCAAUUACAUGAUGUACGUACGCGGGUCAGAUGAAGAUUACGACGGCUGGGCCAAACUUGUCAAUGACCCGUCCUGGUCUUCCUCCAACAUGAAGCAUUACAUGCGCAAACAUCAGACGAUCGAACCCGUGGACGAGCGCGUCACCGCCGACCGAACAUGCAUGCCCUGCGUCGCCGAAAACCACGGCACUUCGGGACCCAUUCACACUUCCUUCAACGACUUUCGCCUACCGAUAGAAGACGAUGUCAUCCAAGCCGCCGAGCAAGCUGCGGGAGUCACCAAGAAACCAACCGAUCCUUGGUCGGGCGACCACAUGGGCUUCUACAAUACCCUCGGGACCGUCACACGCCGCACGGGUCCUGACAAGGGCAGACGCUCCUACGCUGCAGGGGGCUACUUCCGACCAAACGCGCAACGUCCGAAUCUCAAACUCAUCACCGAGUCCCUCGUCUGCCGGGUGCUCCUCGACAACACCAACACCGUGGCGAGGGGCGUCGAAUUCCGAGACAAAAGCGGCGCCCGGCACACCGUCGUGGCCACUCGCGAAGUCAUCGUGACCGGUGGCGCCAUUAACUCACCCCAGAUUCUCGAGCUCAGCGGGAUCGGCGACCCGAAGAUCCUCCGUGCAGCAGGCGUUGAGUGUCUCGUCCCGCUGCCCUCGGUCGGGACGAACUACCAAGACCACGUCGGUUCCGCAGUGACGUAUCAACUCACUCCCGGCAACAUGUCAGGCGACGCCAUGUUCAUCCCCGAGGUGAUGGCGGCGGCGCAGAAACAACUCGUCGAGGAACAGGGCGGGCCCCUGACCGCCGUCCAGUCCGUCCAAGGGUACUUUCCCGCCUCGACGGUGCUCGAGCCCGGCGAACUCGACGAGAUUAUCCGGUCCAUCGAGUCGGCCGAGCCGGCUACCGACUUCCAGAAGAAACAAUGGGCCCAGGUCGCGGCUCACGUCAAGGACUCUAGGUCCGCCAACCUCCAGCUCAUCUUCCUCAACGCCACCGUCAACCUGGCCGAUGGCGCGGGCGACCAGAGCAAGCUCAUGGCUCCUCCGCCGCCCGCGGACCCUGGAACGGCCGCCCCCAACGGCAUGAGUCUGGGCGUCAGCCUCCAGUACCCCGUGUCCCGGGGCCAUGUCCACAUCAAGUCGUCCGACCCGACCCGGCACCCCGAAGUCAACCCUAACUACCUCGCCCACCCGGCCGACGUGGCCGUCCUCGCCGCCGGGCUCAAGUUCGUCGAGACCAUGGCGCGACGCUCGCCUGGGCUGCGGGGCAAGCUGGGCCGGCGCAUAGGCCCCCCUCCCCAGGUCGUUCCCUCCCUCGACACCGCCGGCGAGCGCCGCGCCGCCGUCCGCGAGUUCUGCAUGGGCGAGUACCACAGCUGCGGCACCUGCGCCAUGGGGGACACGGUCGAUCAGAGGCUGCGGGUCAGGGGCGUCCGGAACCUCCGCGUAGCCGACGCGUCCAUCUUCCCCAACAACGUGUCGGGAAACAUCUGCGCCACCGUGUACGCCGUCGCCGAGAAGGCGGCCGACAUGAUCAAGGAGGACGGUAAGAACGACAACAACGGUUCGUUGAAGGCGAAGUUGUGAGAGUCGGGAGAGCCCUCUAUCUACCUUGGGCACGAAACCCGUAGCUUUAAAGCAGUUAAUCACCUAGUUGAUUGAAGCGCACACCGUUAUGAAGUUGAACGACAAAGGGUGGUGCUUUUCUGGGGUGACACUCCUUUUCAAAUUGCAAUUCAUGGGUGGACAGCACUCGUACACGAGGUAAUCACAUAAAGAAAUGCUAGAUGAGAAGGUCAAGGACAGGAAAUCUUUUGGCGUGUCUUUGCAAAGCCUCCUUGUAUGGGCUGCAUAGUCAAUCAUUAUUAAUCCUGAAGACGCAGAACAUCUCACUGGCUAAACGUUACUGCUUAUGAGGGGUAGAGACCCGAAAAGCUCCCAGCAAAUAACCCAGGUGCCGGAAACGCCUAGCAAACG